AUUCCAGUGCACAAGCCGAGCGAAGCAGACGGUUCACACAGCAGCCAAAGCCGAUGAAUUCGCUCAGGGAAUAAACAUCUUUAAACCUCGCGGCUGUUUCUAUAUGGGAAUAACACGUUGAUCGUUGGGCGCAUGUGAGCGUGCACAUGUCAAGCUGGGACUGUACACCAUGGUUGUGACACCGGCGCUGCUCUCUUUGCCUUUGCUCCUCUGACCACAGGAAAAAAGAGGAAACUCUCUGGAUGUGCUCGAGAAGGCUGUUACUGAUUCCUCUCCCUGACUGUUAACAAGUAUUUUGCUGGGAAAUAUUCUCCGGAUGGUGACCGCGCAGUGGACUACCUGUUUCCAGCCGAUUCGCUCAAUGUGCGUGAGGACUGGAAGACUUGAACCGGGUGCGUUUUCUCUGGUUUAACGAGGCACGUUGGAAAUCACUGAAGGGCUGCAAUAUUGACACAUUUUAUACCCGGGGUGUUAUUUCCUCUCAUCUCUCACCUUCACCUGUUUUUGGUGAACGUGGCUAACACUGGCUCUGGAGACUUGACGCAUCUGGGACUGGGACAAGCACUGGGACGGGACUGGGUGCGUGGACAGUCGGAUCAUCCAGGAUUGUAUUCCCUCUUCACUCUCUCUCUCGUGGGUCUAUUUACAUGUCCGACCUGACCACUUUAUGACAAUGGAUUACUUUCUGCUUUUAUGCAGCCUCUUGCUGCCUGUGGUGUCUGCCGUUGAAGAGACGCUGAUGGACACAAGGUGGGCCACAACAGAAUUAGCCUGGACUGCGCACCCUGAGACCGGGUGGGAAGAGGUGAGUGGUUACGAUGAUGCCAUGAACCCUAUCCGGACUUACCAAGUCUGCAAUGUACGUGAAGUCAAUCAGAACAACUGGCUACGCAGUGAUUUCAUCCCACGAAAGGAUGUGCUGCGCAUGUAUGUGGAGAUGAAAUUCACAGUGCGAGACUGCAACAGCAUCCCCAAUAUCCCAGGUUCCUGCAAAGAGACCUUCAACUUCUUCUACUAUGAGUCAGACUCAGACUCUGCCACAGCCACCAGCCCUUUCUGGAUGGAGAACCCAUAUGUGAAAGUGGACACUAUUGCUCCAGACCAGAGCUUUUCUAUGCUCGACACUGGAAGUGUAAACACAAAAGUCCGAAGUUUCGGGCCACUGUCCAAAGCUGGGUUCUAUUUGGCCUUCCAGGACCUUGGUGCUUGCAUGUCACUCAUCUCAGUGAGGGUGUUUUAUAAGAAGUGCUCCACCACAAUUGCCAACUUUGCCGUUUUCCCAGAGACAGCAACUGGGGCUGAGGCCACAUCCUUGGUUAUUGCACCAGGAACUUGUGUCCCCAAUGCCCUGGAGGUGUCCGUACCACUGAAGCUUUAUUGUAAUGGAGAUGGAGAGUGGAUGGUUCCUGUAGGAGCCUGCACCUGCUCAGCUGGUUUUGAACCAGCAAUUAAAGAUACCCAGUGUCAAGCUUGCAGCCCUGGCACCUUCAAGUCCAAACAGGGAGACAGCUUCUGCUUGCCUUGUCCAGUCAACAGCCGUGCCACCUCAGGAGCAGCCAAUGUUUGCUCCUGUCGAAACGGUUACUACCGCUCAGACACUGAUUCUCCAGAGUCCCCCUGCACCACUGUUCCCUCUGCACCACGUAGUGUGAUCUCCAUUGUGAACGAAACCUCUCUCGUGCUAGAAUGGAGUGAGCCACGUGACUUGGGUGGUCGUGACGACAUCUUCUACAAUGUCAUCUGUAAGAAGUGCCUGCCUGAGCGGGGAAUGUGCUCACGGUGUGAUGACAAUGUUGACAUCUCACCACGCCACCUGGGCCUAACCCAGCGCCGCGUGGCAGUCCGUAACCUACAAGCCCACACACAGUACAGCUUCGAGAUCCAGGCAGUCAACGGUGUUUCCAACAAGAGUCCCUACACACCUCAGUUCUCUGCAGUGAACAUCACCACAAAUCAGGCUGCUCCAUCUGCAGUGCCUACAGUUCACCUAAUGGCGGCCACAGCGAGCACCAUGAGCCUGUCCUGGCUGCCUCCAGAGAAACCCAAUGGAAUAAUUCUGGAUUAUGAGAUUAAGUACCAUGAGAAGGAUCAGGGUGAGGCCAUUGCCCAUACUAUGACUGCCCAACGGAGCAAUGCCCGCAUUGAAGGUCUCAAAGCCGGUACGCCUUAUGUGGUCCAGGUCCGUGCCAGAACAGUGGCUGGUUAUGGUCGUUACAGCAGCCCAGCUGACUUCAGCACCAACCUGCAAAACCAACUGACCCUUGCUGUUGUGGUCAUCGCUAUCGUCUGCCUCAGAAAGCAGAGAAAUGGUUCAGAGUCAGAGUACACAGAGAAACUGCAGCAGUACAUAACACCUGGAAUGAAGGUCUACAUUGACCCCUUCACUUAUGAGGACCCCAAUGAGGCAGUGCGCGAGUUUGCCAAGGAGAUCGACGUCUCCUGUGUGAAGAUCGAGGAGGUCAUUGGCGCAGGAGAGUUUGGGGAGGUGUGUCGUGGACGUCUCAAGCUGCCUGGGCGUCGGGAGAUCAUCGUAGCCAUCAAGACUCUCAAAGUGGGCUACACUGACCGCCAGAGGCGAGACUUUCUGUCUGAGGCUUCCAUCAUGGGCCAGUUCGACCACCCCAACAUUAUCCGUCUGGAAGGUGUGGUCACCAAAAGCCGGCCAGUGAUGAUUGUGACUGAGUUCAUGGAGAAUGGGGCACUGGACUCUUUCCUAAGGCUCAAUGACGGGCAGUUCACGGUGAUCCAGCUGGUUGGCAUGCUGCGUGGAAUCGCAGCAGGCAUGAAGUACCUAUCAGACAUGAACUACGUGCACAGAGACUUGGCUGCCCGUAACAUCUUGGUCAACAGUAAUCUGGUGUGUAAGGUGUCUGACUUUGGCCUGUCUCGGUUCCUUGAAGAUGACCCUACAGACCCCACCUACACCAGCUCCCUGGGAGGGAAGAUUCCUAUUCGCUGGACAGCUCCUGAGGCAAUUGCCUACAGGAAGUUCACCUCAGCCAGUGAUGUGUGGAGCUACGGCAUUGUCAUGUGGGAGGUGAUGUCGUACGGUGAGCGGCCGUACUGGGACAUGAGCAAUCAAGAUGUGAUAAAUGCUGUGGAGCAGGACUAUCGGCUGCCUCCACCCAUGGACUGCCCCACAGCUCUGCAUCAACUCAUGCUGGACUGCUGGGUAAAAGAGAGAAACUUGCGACCCAAAUUCGCCCAGAUUGUGGCCACGCUGGAUAAGCUUAUCCGCAAUGCUGCCAGCCUCAAGGUCGUCACCAACAGCACACAGUCCACUGGGGUAUCCCAGCCCUUGCUUGACCGCUGUGUGCCAGACUAUACCACUUUCACCACUGUGGGGGACUGGCUGGAUGCCAUCAAGAUGAGCCGUUACCGUGACAACUUCAUCAAUGCCGGAUUCGCUUCCUUUGACCUGGUGGCCCAGAUGACAGCAGAGGACUUGCUGCGGAUAGGGGUGACAUUGGCUGGCCAUCAAAAGAAGAUUCUUGGUAGCAUUCAGGACAUGAGACUACAGAUGAACCAAACGCUUCCUGUCCAGGUGUGAGUGACAGGACACACAGACCCAUGCAGUCAAAGGACAGCCAAACAGGAAAAGGGGGAAAAACUGUGCCAGAGGGAGCCACUGGAAAACCCUAGCUGCCUGACCCAUCUCUGACAAUUAGAUGCUGUGGAACUGGCUUGCAGUGCCUCUGAUUUAUUUUUUUUCUUUAUUUCAUCACCACUUCUAUUUCCUGCUCCUGCUUUUCUGUUACUUGUCAUUGUUGCUUUUUCCAUCCAAUCAGAAUUUGUGUGUUUUUGGAAGAGGAGAAAGAACUAACCUCCUUAUACCCCGUGCGUGCCUCACCAGCUCUGGUGUGAGCUGUGGUUUGCAUGCAUAUGUGUUUUAGUGAUAUUGACCUUAGCUCUGUAACUGAAAUAUCACAUUUUGUUCCUGAUGCAAGAACCCCUUCCAUUGACCCCUCAGCCCAGCUCUAAUGGAUAUAAUACAUAGUAAAGAAUGGACACCCUCAUAUGGAAAAAAGUGAACCAGUGUUCACACAUAUAAGAAACAAAAUACAGUGGUGUUUCAGGUACAUAAGAUAGAGGACAAUUCUUUCCCUGAUAGAGGUUGUUUUAACAUGUAUGUGUUGUUCUCCAUCUUCAUAUUGAAGGUGUUAUCUAAAGGGCACUUGCUGGAGAAAGAAAUGUAACAGGUUGAGGUCAAAGGUGAGGAGGAUGGCAGGAAGUGGACAAAGGAGAGCAGUUACAUUUUUGGACACUUGUUGUGGCAGUUGAAUCCACACUAGGUCAGCGGAUGACCUCUUCAUUUGACCUGAAGUGACUCAGGAUAGUUUUGCAGCUUGGAGUCACCUGCUCAUCAAAUGUGUUUUUACACAAAAAAUUGCUUUGUUUUUGUUUGUCCACAUUACAUGUUUUUUAAAGUUCUUCUCUUUUUUUGGCUUUCAUACACAUUUCUAUGAGAUUUUUGGUUUCAAAAUGGCCUGGUCAAUGCUAAGUACCCCCACUGGACACUUUAUGCGAUAAAGGGGAAACAAGGACUGUGACAACACUACAGAAAGACCACUUGGCCUUUUGUGUGUGCGUGUACAUGGGUGACAGUGUACGUGUGUUUAAGCGUGCCUGGUUGCGUGGAUGUAUCAAGUUGCACACAAGUAUACUGUACAAUACAGCUUCCGCUAUUUGCCACCAUGGAGAAUUAACGCAUGAACUGAAUCAUGACAAGGAGCAAAUAUAUCUGAAACAAUUAUGCUAUAUUCUGUGGACAGCUGUUAAACCUUUUUUAUUGAAUCCAAAAAAUGAACUUUGGACAUAAACACACACACACACACACACACACACAUACACACAUAUAUAUAUAAAAUUAUAUAUAUAUAUAUAUAUGCAUCACGCAGAAACUGAGAGAAACCAUGAUGGACACUUUACUUUCUACUUACUAUUAUCUGGAGUUAGAAUUAAUCAAAAAUCUUGUUUUAAUUUCUUGACAUCCUGCCCUGUGUAUUUAUUUGUACCUCGCCCCCCCAACACUCACUCCCCACCAGUACCCAGAUGGACUAUAGGCCAUGUAGGGCAGUGGACUUGGAACAAUCAGAAGGAAGAGAAACUCCAAGAGGAUUCACCCAAUGAAUUUAUGAUGAUUAAACAAACAAAAAAAAAAGCAUAUAAAUUGGAUAUUGUAUUUUUGUUGUUGUUCUAAACAGCCUGUAAAUGUUUUGUAACAAAAAUAUGCUAAAUAACAAAAGAAAAAUUGUGUUUUGACAAAAUGGAAGUGUUGUUGUGAAAUGCUUGAUUCAGAGUGAGAUUAACCAAAUCAGAGAGGAAGAGAGUGAAGAGGGGAACGUCAGAAGGGAGACAUGUGGGUAGACAGCUGCUAAUAACAUGCCACCCUUUUACUCUUUGUCCAUUGUAGUCAGUGUAAGUGUGUUCCAGUUUGUGUGUACCACCUGAACUGGAUACUGAGCUUCGCAGAUACAUUCUCAUUCUCAGCAUUUGUGAAGCACCGAGCUGUUGCUAAUUAUUUUCCAGGAACAUUCUUUUUCAAUUCAAAACCUCCUGCAAACCGUUCAAAUGCAACUCUAUAAUUUACUUAUGUUUUAUUUGACUUAUUUGCCAUCACCUCCACCAGUGGGAUUCACCCAGCCCUUCUUAUGCAGGACUCUUAAGGAGCCAUUAGAGAGACGAUCCAGAGAUGAUUCAGCCGACCUGCCAAUCAUUUCAAUCGCCCCAGAAGCGGAGCCCCAUCACUGGACCUACAGUUUGCCCUCUCUCAGCAUCAGGAUCCUCAUCAGAGAGCCCAGAGCUGUCACUAAAAAACCUAUUAGUCUUUAUCUGUCAGGUUGAUUAAUACAAUGGCCAAUCUGGCAGUGCAAGGAUAUGGACACGCAGUGAGGACAGACAUAUGGUGAGCUGACCUACCAUUAUCUCUCUUCAUUUCCUGUCUGGCCUGCAAUCAUCCUGUCUCAGCUCAGGCUGCUGCAUUAUUAGUACAGUGCCGGAUCAACAGCCCUGGAAUGUAGACAGUCAAAAUCUGCAGGCCCCCUCAUUCUAAAUGAUAGCAGCUGUGUCAAGGAGACCAUACAAUUUGCACUUCCCACAAAAGGGUGUUUGAAGGUAGUGGAUUAAGGGACGGGGCAGCAUCAGUGGUGUGAUCUUCCAGACAGUCUCCAUUGUUUGGGUUGGAGCUGAUCAACGCAAUAUGUGAAUAUUAUUAGUUAAGUGUGUAAUUAUAGCAUGAUGUUAGUGGACAUGCGGUGUGUCUUGCCAUAUUAGUUUUGUCAGCUUCCCUUCGAAUCUCUUCAAAAGCCAUGGAGAAUAUUAUGCAAGACAAUGUGUUUCUUAUUUUAUAUUGUUUCAUCUUAUUCCACACCAGUGCUAGUACACACUGUAAAGGGCUUACUAACCUGAAACAGUUGUGGUGCAUAGUCAAGUUGUAAUUUAGCAGUUGCUUAAACUACACAGGAAAUAAGUCUCAAAUUUUUUGAAUGACUCCCAUUAAAGUGUCAGGCCUGAUUUGUGAUGUGAUGGAUCAGAAGUGCUGGUUUCAACAAGAUUUGCUAAUAUAAUGAGAACGUGUUGAAAGUACCUGUUAGAUGAGCAAACCUUUUUUUAUAUCAUUCUGCAGAAUUGUUUUGUUUCUCCAAAGUAAAAUAGCAUUUUGAUUGAAAAUUGAAGCGAUGGAAUGGAAGAAUUAAUGCAAACAAAAGCCCACUUUGCUCUACAUUUCCUGGUAAAAUGUUACCCCCUCUUCCUCCACUCGGUUCAGUCUGUCAAUCAGCUGCAAACUUGCACGUGGCACCAAACAUGACACAGUUGAUGAGCAUAAAAAUAGAUUAAGUGGGACAUAUCAGGACUAAACACAAUCAGAUGGCAGACAUGCCCACUCAUAAAAAUUGGCAGCACUUUGGAGGUUGCACGAACUAUUGAUGUGCUGAGGUCUGAAGUUAUGUCCACCAAAGUCACCCAGGUGUGAGUGAUGAGCUCAACUGGCACUCUUGCACAUCUUAAAGUGAUUAACCUACCACCACAUCAACUGCAACAAUUAAUCUUUAAGUGAGUUUUCACACAUUUGUGGCAGGGUUUAAUAUUUAGCAUUCACAGAGAGGAAAAGGACUUGCUCUCAUGUGUUUUUUGUUCACUCCCCUGACUGCAGACUGUUGAAAUUAUAAUGGACUGUUUGUCUGUGUGUGGAAUAAAAGGAUUGUUAUUGUAUACAGAAACAUUUUGAUCAGCAGACUCUAGGCUUUGUCGGAUGUGAUUACCUCUUUGUGUGCCAAGUAGCCCGGCCUUCCUCCCCACUUUCUUUC